CAUAGCCUCUGCAUCUCCAGCGGACGACGACGGCCAAUCAUCCGGGUCAAUCUCCAUAUCCAACAAGGACAAAAAGCAAUCGUUGCACCAUGGCGUGGAGCCAGCCACAACAAUCCUCGAGGAUGAGUCAACUCCUCCCGCUCAUCAUCACCUUCAUCGUCCUCGGCGGCAUCGCCUGGGUCUGUUGGCAGAUCUAUCUGUCCGUUGUGAAGAUCCAAGACGUUGCCUCGCAGCGUAUGGAGAAGAAGAACGUCGUCUUUACAAAGGAUGGGGUCCGUGUCGGCGUCAAGCACGUCGAAACGGAAAAGUAUGUCGACCAGACGCAGGGCUGGGUUUACAAGGCUUGGAGUCUAGCCGGCGGCAAGAUCGAGGACAAGUCGACUCGGAAAAGGUGCUAAUACAACCACUCGUACCUCACAACAAACCCCUCGAUCUACGGUGUAGAAAGUCACCGGCGG